AUGGGACUUUGCAAAUGUCCACAACGCAAAGUAUCAACUUUAUUUUGUUUUAAACAUCAUGUUAAUGUUUGUGAAUCAUGUCUUGUUAAUGAACAUCCACAAUGUGUUGUACGUUCCUAUGUUUCAUGGUUACAAGAUAAUGAUUAUAAUCCAAAUUGUUCUCUAUGUCAAAAAUCAUUAAGUGAUACCGAUGAAGAAACUAUACGUCUUAUUUGUUAUGAUCUAUUUCAUUGGUCAUGUCUUAACGAAUAUUUUCGUUCGUUUCCAUCACAUACAGCACCUGAUGGAUAUACAUGCCCAACAUGUCAUACAUGUAUUUUUCCACCUCCAAAUCUUGUGUCGCCUGUUGCUGAUCUUGUUAGAAAAAAACUAGCAACUGCAUCAUGGGCAACACAUUUGCCUAUAGCAUCUUCGAAUGAAACAGUAAUACAUCAUCAAGAUAAACAACAAUCAUUAACGGAAACAGAAAAAAAUGGAUAUGUUAUUGUACAUCCAACUGCAAAUAGCAAUAUGAACGAUGGAGAAACAAAUAGACUGUUGCAUCUUCCUCAUCGAACAAUUGAUAUGGCACAUGGAUCAACAGUAUCAACAUCAAGACCAGUGGAAAAUGAUUCGGAUAUUGAAGAUAAAUAUAAACGUCGUAGCGUAUUUACAUGGUUUGCUCGAUGGUUACGUUCUCGUCAGCCAACAAAUCGAAAAGGUGUUUUAACUAAUCGAACACCCAUGUCUCGUACUCGUUAUACAAUUUAUAUGAUACUUGCAAUUUUAUUUAUUUUUAUUACAAUUCUAACUGUUUUAUAUCAUUUAACACGUGGUAAUGAUGGAAAUGGAAAUGAAGAUUCACAAUUUAAUCCUUUUAAUAAUCCAUUUAUACGUGUUGGUGGUCGAUUUUUAAAAAAUCCAUCAAAAGAUUCUAAUGAACCUAAUGAUCAACCAAAAUAA